CUCGUUGUACGACAACUUUGUGCUCCUGCUUCACCUAGAAUGAAAUAAUUGGUGCGAGCUGUUGAGUCGAAAAAUCGCGCUAUUUUGAGGUAAGCAUAGAAUCGAUAUCGAAUCAUUCAGGAUUCGUGCUCCUGUAUCAUGUAUAAAAGUAUCAUCAUCAACAUCAUCAUCAUCAUCUAAAAGAAUGUUGUAGUAUUGUAAGUAUUUGAUUUAUCUGAUUGAUGUUUCUCCUGUCGGAGUAAAAAGUCUCGAAGGGAAUCUAAAAACAACUCAUCGAUACCCAAAAAAGCAACAAAAUGCAGCGUCAUCUCCUGGGAUCUGCCAUUAGCCGAAGUGGUGCUUCUGCGUCGGUCACGACUGACAGUGGGACCUUCAUUGCAGCUCACGACAAGAGCUCAAUAACGAUGCUUAGUAGAAGCCACAGUGAAAAGACGACAAGAUGACAUCGAAUCAGCAGCCCGAAUCGACCUUAAAAUGGGCGUAGGUUUGCGACAUCGCAGGCCUAGAGUUUGUGACGGAAGCAAAAAAGAUGGAAGCGCCGCUCGCUACUCACCGGAACAAGUUCAAGCUUUAUGGUGCUCUCGAAAAUAUAAUCCUCGUGUCACAACUUAUCAUUUUGAUUGAUGUCACUCAUGGCAACUCCUUCUCAUCUUCAGAAAUUAGCUGCUGUGAAUGUGCUUAAAAUGGAGGUCCAUUUGAUCUUUAGGCUUAGCUGCGUCAGAUGAGUAUGAGCAUUCAUAUCGGGAUAAGAAGUCUUUGUUUGUAACUAGCUGUAUUCUCGUUCAUAUCCCUCGCGGCAGAAAUGGGGCACGCGGAAACUUGCGCAUUCAUUGAGCCGUCCCAGUGACUCCGACGAUGACAUUCUCGCAUGGAGAGUUGUCUCUGACAAGUACUAUGAAUUACAAUGCUAAAGCUAAUAUCUAAGAGAUCAAAAAUAUCAGAAAUUCUAUUGAGCAGAACAAGAGCCGAAUACCUCCUGUUUUUCCCACUGAAGUCUUCCAUGAUGCAGAUUGUGUAACGAUCCGCCACGUCGUGACGACGGACGUUGUGGGCGAUUCAUUUCUCAUCACUAUCUAACUCUAUAUCUUUAUUUUUCAUCCAGAUACACCUCUGGCGACAGCGAGCAGAUAAUUAACCUGACGGUUAUUGUAGGAUAAGUACCCAGAACUUCCUGCGAAGG